CAUGCACAUGUCAUUGGUAGGUAACGGUAAUGAAUGACGUAACCGAUCAGUUGUCGAGCGCGAGAAUGUUUGACCCCUGCACUUCAGCCUAACGCAACAUAUAUCACCAAAUCCUCCCUCCACCUACACCCCCGCUAUACCUAUACAUAUACCCUACAACCUAAACAAUGCGCUCCCUGAGACCAUCCGCCGCGCGCAAAAUCCGCGCAUCGCUCACCUCCGAAUCGGUCACCUCAUCGCCAUUUCGCACGCGACAAAGCGGCGCACCAUGUCUCUUCUGCGCCCACCACAUAGCACCUCAAGCAGCUUUCCGUCGCUUCCAAUCCACAUCGUCAAGCUCGAAUACGGUCGAAAAACCAUUUGAUACAAAGUCAUCAGCAACUGCGCAAGCCCCACAGACACACUACUCCUUCUUCCCCGCAUCGCUCCCCGAUGGUCCCCCACCAAACGGCCCCUUUGCUAUCGACCUCGCCGCCCUCAAGCGCGAGUUCCUACAGCUACAGGCACGCGCGCAUCCCGAUCUCCAUCCACAAGCAGACAAGAAACGCGCCGAAGUCACAUCGGCACGGAUCAACGAAGCCUACAAAACGCUGCAAAAUCCCUUGUUGCGCGCACAAUAUUUACUUUCAUUGCGGGGCAUUGAAGUGGCGGAGGAUGAGACGGCCAAGGUGGACGACCCUGAACUUUUAAUGGAGGUUCUCGAGGCGAGAGAGAGCAUCGAGGAGGCGGAGCGAGAAGAGGAUUUGGAGGAGAUGCGGCAAAGGAACGAAGAGCGGAUAGCUCAAAGUACAGAGAUUAUCGACAAGGCGUUUAAAGAGGAUGACCUAGAUGCAGCGAAGAGCGAGGCGGUAAAAUUGCGGUACUGGGUCAAUAUCAAAGAGAGCAUAGAGAAUUGGGAAAAAGGCGUACCGGUUGUGUUACAGCAUUAGCAAGGCGUAAACGGCUAGAGUAUGGUACUGUAAAAAAAAACACCUCAAUCCCCUCUUCCAUCCCCAUCCUUUACUACUUA